AUGUGGCUAGAGAUACGGGCUGAUAGGCCAACGCCAGUUGCAGUGUCUGCUGCUGCUGCUGCUGCUGCAGCAAGCAGUGCAGCAGCAGCAGGUGGGCCCCUUGCCCAGAAGCUGAAGCUUUCGGGGGCCCCUCCGUUGCUGCUGGAAAUGGAAGGCGCUGACAGCAGCAGCAGUAGCAGCAGCAGCAGAGACCUGCUGCUGGAGUUUCUUGAGGUUUAUGGACUCCAGCAUCUGGCAGGGGGAGGCUGCAGCUGCUGCUCGGCAGCAGGCCACGGGUUCAAGGUGUACGUACAGCAGCAGCAAGCCCUGCCAAGUAUGAGCCAGAAGCAGCAGCAGCAGCAGCAGAUGCGGCAGCAGCAGCGGCAGCAAAUGCAGCAGCAGCAGCAGACGCGAAAGCAGCUGCAGUGGACACAGCAGCCCAGGCAGUUGCGAAGCAAGCAGCAGCAGCAAGUGCUGCUGCUGCACCAGAGCAAGGCUCAAGCGGCAGCAGCAACAGCAGCUGCAGCACUGAGCGCAGCUGUAGCAAACGCAGCAGUAGCGGUGCUGGCGCCCCAGCAGCAGCAGCAGCCGCAGCAGCAGACUCUGCAGCAAGUUGUCGCAGGUCUCUUGGCAGCCUGGCCACUGACUGUGAGGCUGCUGCUGCUGCUUCUACUGCUGCUGUUGCUGCUGAGACAGCAGCAGAAAAGGGCAGCAGCAGUAGCGCCGACGUCGGCACUAGCGUCAGCAGGUCAUUUGUGCGAGGAGAGCAUUUGUGUCCCUACUGAAAGCAGCAGCAGCAACAGCAACAGCAGCAGCGGCAGCAUGUUCUGCAGCAGUGGCAGCAGCAGCAGCAACAGCAGGAGCAAGGAUGGCAACAACAGCUGCAGCAGCACAACCACUGUACCUGCCUGUACACCUGAGACUUCGAUGAGUCCCCCAGACAGUCCCGCAGACCGCAGCGUCGAUACACCAGGCAGCAGCAGCAGCAGCAGCAGCAGCGGCAGCAGCAGCAGCAGCUGGUGUGCAGCUCAUCCACUGGAGUGUUUGUACAAUUUAAAUCCCGAGCAAUUUUUCGUCCCUCGCCGAGUGCGGCCGCAACAGCAGCAGCAGCAGCAGCGGGGUCAGCGGCUGCUGCUGCAGCAGCUGCAGCAACAGCAGCAGCAGCUGAAGCAGAGCAGCUUUUGGCAGUCCCGUUCUCCAGCCGCCCUGAGCCCCCUGCACCCGCCCCAGCCCGCCAGCAGCAGCAUCAGCAGAAGCACCAGCAGCAGCAGCAGCAGCACGAGUAGCAGCAGCAGCAGCAGCAGCAGCAGCAGCAGCAGCACUGCUGUGGUCCGUGGCUUGUGCAGAACUCUGUUUGUUUUUGCCUUCGGAAAGUUGGCAGCAGCGCCAUCCGUAGUGGGCGGAACAGCUGGAGAGAUGUUAGCAGUCGUGGUAGCACGCGGCCUUUCAGCAGCAGCAGCAGCACCACCAGUAGUAGCAGCAGCAGCAGUAGCAGCAGCAGCAGCAGUAGCAGCAGCAGCAGCAGCAGCAACGGCAGCAGCAGCAGCGGCAACCUCUGGGGAGAACAGCGAACGUUGA